AUGACAGUUUUAAAAUUACUAAAUUCCAAAACAAUGUAUUUAUCAUCCUCUGUCCCUAUCUUUGCCAUAGUGGCCGUACAAUUGUUCUUUAUACGGAGUGUUUUUUCCUUGAACCAGACCAAUGCGUAUCUAAACCAUAAUUGCAUCAACGAACAAGGAACAUACAUGCCGGGGAGUCCAUACGAUAAAAACCUCAACAGUCUCAUCAGUACUAUCUCUAAUUUAAAUUAUAACUUUGGUUUUGUCUACUCCUCCAACGGUGACGCUCCCAACGCUGUCUUCAUUAAGCUACAGUGCCGGGGAGACUCCUACUUCUCCAAAUGCCGUUCUUGCCUUGCAACAGCCAAGUCCGAGAUUAGUAGGAGAUGUCCGAAAAACAAGGGGACAAUAAUAUGGUAUGAUCACUGUGUUCUUGAGAUCUCUCCAAGCGAUACCUUUGACAAGAUUGAUUACGAGAACAGUUUCGAUAUGUACAAUGCUAAGGAUGUAAAAAGUGAUCUUGAGGCGUUCAACAAGAAUACAUGGGAUCUACUUAAUGAGUUGAAGGAGAAAGCCAACAAAAAGAGCAAGAAGGACUUCAUGUUUGCGGCAGGGGAGAAGAGCCUUGGGACGAAAAAGUUGUAUGCGAUGGUGCAGUGUACAAAGGACUUGACACCUAACAAUUGCAAUGUGUGCUUAAAAUGGAUUAUGGGGAAGCUUCCUAAAUGUUGCAAGGGUAAAGAAGGAGGAAGAGUUUUGAGUACGAGUUGUAAUUUUAGGUAUGAGCUGUACCCUUUUCUCAUGAUUUGA